CGGCUUUUCAGAGCCGGCGCUGGGCAAUCGGGAACGCGAGCCUCGAGUGCGAUAUCCUCCAGCAUCCAGCCACUGUCGGCCUGCUCGCCCGCCCUCCAGCGGACCAUCGCCCGUCGCUGCAUCGCCAAGGGCCCCGACCGCCACCUCGCACCAAACCCUGCAUUAAGCCUCCCUGCCGCCGGACUGCUCGCCCUGUCGCGCCAUGAACAUCUCCAACCCCAUCUCGAGAGAGAUCACCCGCGUGUCGUUUUCCUUCUACAACAAGGAUGAGAUCCGCAAGCUCUCGGUGAAGCCUGUCACCAACCCACUCGCCUUUGACAAUCUCGGGCAUCCCACCAGUGGCGGUCUCUAUGACUCUGCGCUGGGUCCCCUCGACAAAGGCCAGAGCUGCGGCACCUGUGGCCUCGGAUACUUUGUCUGUCCCGGCCACUUUGGCCACAUCGACCUGGCCGUGCCUGUCUACAACCCCAUCACUUUCCAACUGAUGUACAAGUUGCUGGGAUCGCUGUGCUACUACUGCCACAACUUCAGAACGUCGCGCUCCGUCCUGCAUCACAUCGGCGCCAAGCUCAAGCUGAUACAUGCCGGUCUGAUCAUCGAGGCUACCGAUCUCGACUCUUUCAUCGGCACCAAGGCGUCGUCGGCCAUCCUCAAGUCACAGCUGAGUGUCAAGAGCAAGGCGAAAAAGUCCAAGGCCGUCGACGACGAAGCCGAGGAAACCGACGGCGAGGACGAGAGUGAAGACGGCGAGGGCGACGACGACGAGGAAGACCGCAACCAGGUCGUCCUGGCCGACGAGUUCUCCGAUGCUCCCAAGAGCGAGCAGGAUGUCAUCGACAAGAUCGACGAGUACGUCGCCGCCUGCAUGAAGAAGGCUUCGUCCCAGGGUCCAACCAAAACCACCCUCUCGACCGAUGCCAUCCGCGGAGUCGAGAAGCUCUUCCUAUCCUCGAUUCCGUCGCUCAGUUGCGCCAAAUGUCGCGGCCAGAGCCCCAAGUUUCGUACCGAGGGCAUGCACAAGAUCUUCGAGAAGCAGCUCAGCAAGAAGCAGCGCAAUCUCAUGAACUCUCGCAACCUCAAGUUCGAGCACCUGUUCACCGUCGGCGCCGCGUCUGCUACCGACAACGAGCCCAUCACUGAUCUGAUGGAAAACGACGACAACGCCAGAGUCUCGGACGAGAUGGAUGUCGACGAAGACUCAAGCGCCGACGACAACAGCAGCAGCGGCGGCGACGAAAAUGGAGCCGGCAACGUUGCCUUGUCCAAGCGCCAGGAGAACCGCAUCCUCGGCGCGCAAACCCGCAACAAGGUCAUCGACAAGUCCAGUGUCGAUGCCGAUGACAAGAAGAACGACAGCAAGUACCUGUCUCCCCUGGUCGUCCGCGAACAUCUGCGCAUGCUCUGGAGGAAGGAGUCGGCAAUCCUCGACCUUCUCUUUGGUGUGACCGACCCCAAGCUCGGCAAGCGCAUCUCAAGUCCCGAUAUCUUCUUCAUCGAGACCCUGGCUGUCACCCCAACCCGAUUCCGGCCGGUGUCCAAGAUGGGCGACAUGGUCUAUGACAAUCCGCAGAACACCCAUCUCACCAACAUCCUGAAGACAAACCAACUCGUUCUGCAGCUGCAUCGCCAGCGCCAGAGUCUCAUGAACGAGAUUGCAGACCACAAGUCCCCGAUCUUCAUCGAGCGCGACACGGUCCUGUUUCAGCGCACGGUCUCGGGUCUGAUCGAGCUCCAGCAGGCCGUCAAUAACCUGAUCGACAACUCCAAAGCGCCCCUCGUCAAGGGCAAGCUGCCCCCCGCGGGUAUCCGCCAGGUCCUCGAAAAGAAGGAGGGUUUGUUCCGAAAGCAUAUGAUGGGCAAGCGUGUCAACUAUGCUGCCCGCUCUGUCAUUAGUCCCGACCCGUAUAUCGAGACCAGCGAGAUUGGUGUCCCUCCGGUCUUUGCCACCAAACUGACGUACCCCGAGGCCGUCACCCACCACAAUGUGAUGGAGCUGCGCAAGGCCGUCAUCAACGGCCCAAAGGUCUGGCCCGGUGCCUCGUACAUCCAGAACGAAGACGGGACGCUUGUGAGCCUCGAGUCUUACGAUGUCCAAGGCCGUACUGCCCUGGCAAACUCGCUGAUGACUCCCCUCCCCUCCAACGGAUCCACUGAAGCCCAUCUCCCGCACGUCAACAAGAAGGUCUAUCGCCAUCUCCGCAACGGCGACUUCCUGCUGCUGAACCGCCAGCCGACGCUGCACAAGCCGUCGAUCAUGGCGCACACCGCCCGCGUCCUGCCCGGCGAGAAGACCAUCCGCAUGCACUACGCCAACUGCAACACGUACAACGCUGACUUUGACGGCGACGAGAUGAACAUCCACUUCCCGCAGAACGACAUUGCUCGCGCAGAGGCUAUGCUGAUUGCGCGCACGGACCUCCAGUACCUCGUCCCGACCGACGGCGGUGUCUUGCGUGGCCUCAUCCAGGACCACGUCUGCGCCGGUGUCCACAUGACGUCGCGCGACACCUUCUUUGACCGUGAGGAGUAUAUGCAGCUUGUGUAUAAUGCGCUCAAGCCCGAGGGCAUGUUUGGCACGGUCGGCAACGGCAACAUCGAGUCCGAGGUUAUCAUCGGCAACAACGGCCGCGUCAUCACGAUCGAGCCUGCUAUCUACAAGCCCAAGCCCCUGUGGACUGGAAAGCAAGUUAUCUCCACCGUCCUGCUCAACUUGAUCCCGAGCGAGUACAAGCUCAACCUGCGCUCUAAGGGCCGCAUUCCGGCCAGGAUGUGGGGCGGCAGCGCCCCCGAAGAGCAGGAGGUCCUUGUCAUGGACGGCCAUCUGCUCAUCGGCAUUCUGGACAAGACCCAGUUCGGUGCCAGCGCCCACGGCCUCGUCCACUCCAUGUAUGAGAUCUACGGCGCCCCGUACGCCGGCAAGCUGCUUUCGAUCCUCGGCCGCCUCUUCACCAACUUUUUGCAGCUCGCGGGCUUCACUUGUCGAAUGGACGAUCUGCGGCUGACCCCCGAGGGUGAUGCUGUGCGCCGUAAGCUGAUCGACUCUGCCAAGGCCAUCGGCACCGAGGUUUCGGUCGAGUAUGUUGGCCUGGUCGACGAGAACGGCAAGGCCCUGGUGAAGGAUCCCACCAACGAGAGGCUGCGCAACAAGCUCGAGGAUGUUCUGCGCAGCAACGAGCGCAUGGCCGGUCUCGACUCGGCCAUGAAGUCCAAAACCAACAAAGUCACCUCCGAGAUCAUCUCGUCGUGUGUGCCCGACCGAUUGCUGAAGCCGUUCCCUCACAACAACAUGCAAGUCAUGACGGUCUCGGGCGCCAAGGGUUCGAACGUCAACGUGUCGCAGAUCUCGUGUCUCCUCGGCCAGCAGGAGCUCGAGGGCCGCCGUGUCCCCACCAUGGUGUCCGGCAAGACCCUUCCGUCGUUCCGCGCAUUCGAUCCCAGCGCCCGCGCUGGUGGCUACAUCACCGGUCGUUUCUUGACGGGCAUCAAGCCGCAAGAGUACUUUUUCCAUUGUAUGGCUGGUCGUGAAGGUCUGAUCGAUACGGCCGUCAAGACGUCGCGCUCCGGUUACCUGCAGCGGUGUCUGAUCAAGCACUUGGAAGGUCUCCGUGUUCACUACGAUCACACCGUCCGUGAUACCGACGGGUCCGUCGUCCAGUUCUGCUAUGGUGAAGACGCCCUCGAUGUCAUGAAGCAAAAGACCCUCACCAAGUUUGACUUUUGUGCGUUGAACUACAAGGCCAUCGCCCAGCGCUACAAGCCCGCCGAAGUCGCCAACAAUCCCCAUAUCGACUCGAGCGAAGCCCAGGCCUACCGCAAAAAGUACAAAAAGUCUGGCGGCCAGGCCGAUCCCGUGCUGUCUCAAUUCUCUCCCUCGCGCUACCUGGGCUCGGUGAGCGACACCUUUGCCACCUCUCUGGAUGAGUACAUCAAGAAAAACAAAGAGAGACUGCUUCUCACCAAGGGAAGCACCGACCGCGCCCCCUGGAGUGGCGAGCGUGCCACUGACCGCAAGUUCAAGGCACUAAUGGAGCUCAAGUACCAGAACUCGCUGGCCGAUCCAGGAGAGGCUGUCGGUCUGCUUGCCGCCCAGAGUAUCGGCGAGCCAUCCACUCAAAUGACCCUCAACACCUUCCAUUUUGCUGGUUUUGGUGCGAAAAACGUCACUCUCGGUAUUCCUCGUCUGCGUGAAAUCGUCAUGACUGCCUCGGCGGACCUGAAGACACCGAUGAUGCGACUGCCUCUGGUCGAGGGUGCCACCAAGGAGGCCGGCGACCGGCUGUGCCGCAAGAUCAGCCGGCUGACCCUCUCGCAGAUCAUGACGGGCGUCACCGUGCGCGAACGUCUGACACGGUCGGCCUCGGGCCAGGACCGCCACAAGAUGAUCACAAUCCGGCUCAAGUUCUGGCCGCGCGCUGCCUACGAGGGCGAGCACCAGAUCAACUCGGGCGACAUCGAGGCCAUCAUCGAGAAGCGCUUCGUGCCUGUGCUCGAAAAGUCGAUCGUGAACGACCUGCGACAGCGCCAGCGACGCGCCAAGGACGAGGACAUCGGCGUUGGAACCUCCAACACCUUCUCCGAGAAAAAGACUGCUAACCCGAGCGAGGACGACGAAAACCCCGCCCCGAGCGAGAAGCGGCCCAAAGACGACGACGACGAUGACGAUGACGAUGAUGACAACGACUCUACUGCCGGAGAUGAUGAUGCCACCAAUACCAAGAGCCGCAAGAACCGCUCGCAGCAGGCCACGUACGAGGAACCUGACGAGGAUGAGGAGGAAAUCAUUGACCGCAUGAAUGAGAAUGAAAGCGAAGAAGCCAGCGUGGCCGAUGCCAACGAAGGCAGAGAUGCCGACCGAGAAGGACGCAUCAAGGACGAUAGUCGCUUUGUCCAUGGCUACCGCUUCGACAAGAAGGAAGGCCGCUGGUGUGAAAUCGAUCUCCGGUUCCCCGCCGAUACUCGCAAGCUGCUGAUGGUGGCUAUCGUCGAGAAUGUCUGCGAGAAGGUGGUGCUCCAUGAGGUUCCCAAGAUUGCAAAGUGCUACCCGCUGCCCAACGAGUCCGAAAGCGAUACAUCACUCAAUCUCGGAACUGAGGGAUGCAAUCUGAGCGGCAUGUGGGAUUUCUCGAGUGUCAUCGAUGUCCACCGCAUCUACACCAACGACAUUGCUGCCAUCCUUCGCACCUACGGUGUGGAGGCUGCCCGAGCGGCCAUCAUCCAAGAAAUCGGCGGUGUCUUCGGUGUCUAUGGCAUCUCUGUCGACAAGCGCCAUUUGAACCUGAUUGCUGACUACAUGACUUUCGAGGGAGGAUACAAACCGUUCAACCGUAUGGGCAUGCGCUCGAACCCGGCGCCCUUUGCCCAGAUGUCAUACGAGACGACGACUCAGUUCCUGACCACCGCCACACUAUCCGGUGACUUUGACAACCUCGAGUCGCCCUCGUCCAGAAUCGUGAUGGGCCAAGUGGUUCGUGGCGGUACCGGCGCCUUUGAGAUCCGACAGCCGCACAACUUUGUCAAGCCGGGCGACUCGUACACUUUCGAUAACCACCGUGUGGGCCCAAAGAAGACCAAGUCCAAAUCUAAGGCCGAGAAAAUCAUGAAGCGGCAGGUUGUGGAAGCUUGAGGAUCUGUGGUGUGCGGCAUUCUGAAUGCCGAUGAUGCAAGCUAGGCAAGCCUCGUGUGUCGAUGGCUGCUCUUUUGGUGUGGAGGCAAGCGUUGGUCCUCCAAAAUACAGUACAUGUCCAAACCCCCA